UGCAGGAGCGCGUUUUUGUCGCAAACGGAGUAAAAUUGGGGACUAGGUCUGGUCUAUUGAUUCUCCGCGGCGUAGACCCUGCCCGAUUAUUGAGGUCAGUCAGUUAAAACGUACACAUUAUUACUCCAUUGUGUCUUAUAGGAAAUAAGACAUUAUGAGAAUACAGUGGGCUAAACGAAUGCAGCUUAUUUCCAUAGACAGCGUCAGCAAGCCAGCGCCACAGGAAACAGCUGGUCAGCAUGCACAGGAUCACCUGUAGAAUGGACGGUCGAUGAGAAUGUAGUGAAGCCAAAUUGACUGCCUUUGAUAUCAUGUGAAUGCUGUAUUUACAGUAACUGGUCCUUGUUGCAGUGAUUGCAGACAUUGGGUGGCUUGGAGAAUUUCAUAGCAUUGUGGUUGUACAUGGAAGGGUGGAAAUGAUCUCCAGUCAACUGUCAUCAUAAGACGGGGAUAUAAGCAACAUAGGAAUCCCAGGUGAGGCAUUAUGAGCAGUGCUAAUCACAGAUCCUUCUCUUCUUCUGAGGACAAACUCAAGAUGGUAGAGAAACUCUGAUUAACUGGAAGAUGAAGAGCUGAAUCAUUUUUACGACACGUGAACAUCCAGCGGACUUGAGCUUUCUCUGACCUGCACUUUUGACAGCCUUACCUUUAAAUGUCAGGGAAAGGACUGUUCCUGAUGACAGUCAUAUGCCUGAUGCAACAUUUUCAGGAACUGACAGCCUGAGGAAAUACACAGGCAUUGCUCAGAGUUGCAGCCAUAGCCCAAACUGAAAACCCGAGUAAAACAGAGCAGAACAUGGGACGUGGAGGUCAAAGCAAUGCAUGGUUCCCUGGAUGUCUAACCCCCAGGGCUCAAUGAGUAGCAGUGGAUUUGGCAGCAGCUCCAGCUUGCUCCAGGGCCGACGUUUCUACUGUCGGGAAUGGGCUCUGGACAAGCUGCAGCGUUGCCUGGAUGCCCGCUCUACCCCUGGCCGACCUCCGGGGCUGCUGGUGAUGGGGGGCCCUGGCGCAGGGAAGACUGCCCUAUGCACCGAAGUAGUGUAUCCCACCUCUGAGACAGGGCGCGCAGUUGGGCUGGCACCACGCUGCCUGGCCUGCCACUUCUGCCAGGGAGAGGACCAGAGAAGUUUAGUUCUUUGGAGAUUUGUUCUUGGCCUGGUGGAACAAUUAAGGACCUCACCUCUCCUCUCUCCUGCGUACAAGGAGAUCCUAGACACCCCUUCAGUGUCCUCCACUCUGGAGCCUCUCCACUGUCAAAGGGACCCCGAUGACACUUUCAGAAGGGCAGUAUUGGGUCCCCUGUCGGAGCUUCCUCCUCCUGUGCAGACUCUGAUGAUGGUUGUGGACUCUCUGGACUCAGGUUAUAGGGCCGAGGAUGGAGGUGGCCGAGCUGGAGAGCCCCCAGGAAAGAGCAGCACCAUCGCAGAACUCCUUGCCAAUCAUCAACAUUUGCUGCCCAGCUGGCUGCUGCUGGUCUGCUCUGUCCGCCGCCAGAACAAAGCUGUGUGCAAGAUGUUCUCAGGUUUUCGUAAACUGUGUCUGGAUGACUUGCGGAAGCCCCCACCAGUCCGUGAUGUGCAGCAGUACAUCCUUCACCGGCUCGACCAGGAAGGUGCACUUCGUCGUCAACUCACACCCGAGACGGCUGACAUGCUGAAUCUACUGCACAUCAAGAGUGGUGGCUGCUUUAUUUUCCUUGAACGAGUACUCGAUGGAGUGGCAACCGCCCUGGUUGGCUUGCGGGAGAUCCGGGACAUUCCUGGAACGCUUAAUGGCCUCUACCUGUGGCUGUGCCAGAAACUCUUCCCACGUGGUCUCUUUGUCCAAGUCAGGCCUCUCCUCAAUGCUCUUUUGGCUACACCAAGCCCCCUCACACCACAGCAGCUGUUCACAGCAGUAUGGACCCAGGACACCUCCCUAAGCCUCCAGGACUUCCAGAGCAAAUUCCAGAUCCUCACACCUCUCCUAAUUGAUGGCCCAAGGGGCAGCAAGAUACUUUUUCAUACCAGCUUCGCUGAAUGGCUGAUGGAUAUCAAGUACUGUACUCAGAAGUACUUGUGUAGCAUAACAGAGGGUCACAGCAUGCUUGCUAUGGCUAUAACAUUGCAAGGCCCCCACUUGACCACAGAGGAAACCUGCCAGCUCGGAACCCAUCUGGUCUACUCUGGAUUGCACAAGGACAACCCUUCAUUAUUGUCAUUGUGGAUGCUCUGGGCUGGUGUGCCCACUCUCAAUCCUAGCUUGAGCCCCAGUUUGCCCGGUCUUUCUCCUAGUGUCCAGUCCUCCUCAUUAACUCAGCCUCCUGUUCUGGUCAGUCAAGAAGUCCUACAACUUUUAAUGAAGAGUGGGCUCUUCUCCCCAUCUUGUUCCCCAGAUAUAGGGCCAAGAAUAGGAGUGCAUUGUAUAGGUGAAGGGGGUACCAUUGCACAACAGAAAUUAGAAAGGCAGGAGUCUGUAAACAUGCUUCUGGAGAGUGGGGUUUGUAUAAAUCAAAUUAAUUCUACUGAUGGACGGACCAUGCUUGCCAGUGCAGCCCAUGAGGGCUCCGCAGAUGUAGCCAACCUGCUCCUGACCCGAGGAGCAGAUCCAUUGAUCAGUGACCAUCAGGGUCAAACACCACUGACCUUAGCCUCCAGGCAGGGUUAUGUCAAGGUGCUGUCAGUGCUCCUGGACUGGGCUAAGAUCCAGGUGCCAGAAACAACAGUGAGAAUGGUGGAGCACGUAGAUAGUGAGGGCUGGACGGCAUUGCGAUCUGCAGCAUGGGGAGGGCACAACGAGGCAGUGCGACUUCUGCUAGAUGCAGGGGCCGAUGUGGAUGGAUGUGAUGGUGAGGGCCGGACUGCUCUUAGGGCAGCAGCCUGGGGGGGUCACGAGGAAGUCCUCCUGACCCUACUAGACCAUGGUGCACAGGUAGACAAGGCUGACUGUGAAGGCCGCACACCUCUUAUUGCUGCUGCCUACAUGGGACAUCGUGAGGCCGUGGAAAUCUUGCUGGACCACGGUGCAGAAGUUGACCUAGCUGACGGAGAUGGGCGCACUGCCCUGUCAGUGGCUGCUCUCUGUGCUCCAACAGCAGCAGGGGUCAAAGGUUAUGGAGAAGUAGCCAGUCUGUUACUAGAGUGGGGAGCUGGUCCAGGACACCGGGACCAUGAUGGGAUGACGCCACUGCUUCUUGCAGCCUAUGAGGGCCAUGAAGAAAUUGUUGAGCUGCUCUUAGAAGCUGGUGCUGAUGUAGAUGAGACUGCUGGCCAUGAUGCAAAUGCCCUUGCUGCAGCUGCUGUUACUCCACUGUUGGCUGCUGCAGCUAUGGGUCAUAUCAGGACAGUGAGCCGUGUUCUUUUCUGGGGGGCAGCUGUGGAUGCAAUUGAUAGUGAAGGGAGGACAGCACUCAGUUUGGCAGCAGCAAGAGGCAGUGUAGAGGUUGUACGUGCCCUGUUGGAUCGAGGCCUUGAUGAGAACCACAAGGAUGACCUAGGCUGGACUCCAUUGCAUGCUGCUGCCUGUGAGGGCCAUCGGGCUGUGUGUGCUGUCUUGACAGAGCGGGGAAGCAUGGCACGGGUAGGAGAGAUGGACAUUGAAGGACGCACUCCGCUUAUAUUGGCUGCACAGGAAGGCCACUGCAGCACAGCCAGGCUGUUGUUGGACAGACGUUCUCCUAUUGAUCAUAGGGCCUAUGAUGGACAUUCUGCUCUAACUGCUGCCCUCCUGGAAGGCCAUGCUGAGGUGGCAGAGCUGCUUAUGAGACGAGGGACAGACACUGAUGUCCGGGAUGCAGAGGGACGGCCUUUGCUCUAUCUCUUGGUGCUAGAAGGUCACCUUAAAAUGGCUGCUCUCCUCAUGGAGAAAGGAGGGGUACCCCUGGAAUCCCGGGACUCGGAGGGACGUACAGCACUUCAUGCAGCAUCUUGGCAGGGAAAUGUGGAGAUGGUAGAACUACUUUUGAGGCAUGGAGGUGACCCCAACGCACAGGAUACAGAGGGGAGGCCAUCAUUGCAUUCAGUGGCAUGGAAAGGACAUGUUGAAGUGGGAAGGCUUCUCCUUGCGGCCAAGGGUAUUAAGGUAGACUUAGCCUGCCGCCAACAGGGAGCAACAGCUCUGAGCAUAGCUGCCCAAGAGGGACACACUAACAUUGUUGCCAUGCUUCUGGAGAAAGGUGCAAACCCUGACCACAUGGACAAAUAUGGCCGUAGCCCAGUCAAAGUAGCUGGGAAACGUGGGCACUUUACCAUUGUCAGGCUCUUGGAGAGCUAUGGAGCCAAGCCAUACCCAAGUCUGCUCCCCACCUCCAAUCUUCUCUCACCUACAAAGACCAACAUGAAGAGCCCCUCUUCAGCCAGCUUGGGGAGUAGUAGUGGUGAAGGUGGCACCACAGUGCCAACUCCAUCAGGAGGAGCAGUGGCCAACUCCACCUCUUCGACAUCCUCCCCUGGUUCUACGGCUGAGCGAUUCCACUCCAUGCAGAGCUCCCAGACCUCAUCUACUUGCCACUCCUUGGCUACUGUGCAGACAGUGCCCGCAGACACGCUGAGCUUCACCCAGCAGAUCCAACAGCACUCACUGCCCCGCAGUCGUAGCCGUCACUCUACCCUCCCUCCACCAGGGAGUUCAGCCAUGGGCAGCCUCCAUAGGAGCAGCCAGAGGCAUCGUGAGAGCAGCCCUCCCCCGACCAUUUGCACAAUUACCGCCAUGGUGCACAACUGCGAACUGCCUCAGAAGGGCUUAUCUUCUGGGUUUGACUACCCCAAAAUACUGAAGACCCCAAAUUCAAACCUUAUAAAAGCAGACAGGGCUCAGUACGGAGGGGGUAAAUGGCACUCUGUUAUGGCUUCCCUCGGGGUAAUGCCAGGUCAGGAUUGCCCCCUGCGAACUGCAAAAAGCAGAGAAAGUCCACCACUAGGCUACCCCUAUCAGCUGCAAAGCCCACCUCAAGGGAAUGCUUGGGAUUCUGGACCUCAGAAGAACAUUCUGACACCCUCCUGCUACAGUUUUGCAGCAGUCCCACCUUCUAGUGCCUUGCCAGAUGAUCCCAUGAUUGCUAUGACAACCACAGACCCCCAGCUCAAUCUGAAACAGGCCAUCAAGUUGCAGUUUGAGGGUCCCACCAGUGCAGCCUUAUAUAAGAGAGAGACACCCCUGUGAAUGAUGCUAAAGUGGAGGUGGACAUUUUUGCUGUUCAAGCGGCAGUUUAGACUGUGGAUAAUGGCUUUCUGGGGUCAGAUGAAAGAGUAAGGGAUCUCUCGUCACCCUCUGCCCCACCUAUCCUCUCCCCCUUCUGAGGAGAAGAGGAAGAAGGAGCUGAAAGACAUCAAAGCUGUUUACAUUCCAGCCUUUCCAGUGCCUGUUGUGUAUGUUGGGCAGCUGUUGUUGGACACAUGCUCUCCUGUCCUUUGCGCACACACAGAAACAUGCACUCUACCUCUAUCUCUGUGAAUGAAUGUCACAGACAUCUACAAACUCAUUCACUAAAUGCAAAUGUUGGUUUAUUAUUCAUAACAUUACACUGUCAUGUCAUUUUCAGCAUUUCUAAUGUUUUCUAGCAUCACAUGUUGAGACUUUAAACAUGUCAUGCUACAACAAAUAUAUGUAAGCAAAGACAUGUAGAUGCAUUGUAAAUGAUAUCCCAUCAUCCUUCACUUCUUCUAUAGUAAUGGUCUCAGCACAGUGGUCAGGCAGACAAUGUGAUAUCUGUCUUUAGAUACUCCCUUUUUUCUCAUCUGGGCCAUCAUUGUGUCAAAACUAUUUGUGGUGUUUGUUUUUAAUCUGACACUAGAGCUUACAGCAGGAGUUUGGUGCUGCACCAGUAAUCAAUCAACUUCUUCACAACUGUAG